AUGGCCGAGUCAACUCUCCAAGCAACUACCAAGAACAUUGUCAUCCUUGGAGGUUCCUACGCCGGUGUCUCAACAGCCCACUACCUCCUUAAACAUGCUAUCCCAAAACUACCAGACUCGUCCACCUACCAAGUCAUCCUAGUCAGCGCUUCCUCUGAGGUACUAUGUCGUCCCGCUUGUCCCCGCGCAAUGAUAUCAGACGAUCUCCUCCCACAGGACAAACUCUUCGUAUCAAUCCCAGAGGUCUUCAAGAAGCACCCCGUGAAUAACUUCCAAUUCGAGCACGCACGCGCAGAGCACGUAGACCAUACGAAACGUACAGUCUCUAUCCGCUACGAAAAGGACGAAGAGGACGAGAAAAUCAUUCCUUUCCAUGCGCUCGUCAUCGCAACGGGUUCUUCAACUCCGUCGCCUCUAUUAAGCCUAAACAAAGACUCGGCAGAAAUUCGCGCGCAAUGGGCGCUUUUCCGGGAUGCAAUGAAAAAGGCGAAAAGCAUCGUUAUUGCUGGUGGUGGUCCGGCUGGGAUUGAAACUGCAGGUGAACUGGGCGAGUACCUUAAUGGACAGCCGGGUUGGUUCGCAGGCAAAUUGGAGAACCCCAAAGUAGAGAUUACGGUUGUGACGUCUGCAUCUCAAAUCCUUCCUUUGUUGAGAUCCAGUAUUGCGGAGAAAGCUGAAGGGUAUCUCGCGCGUGUAGGUGUGACUGUGGUCAAGGGUACCAAAGUCACAGGGGUGUCCCCGGCGGAAUCAGGGACGGAUCUUGCUCUACCAACCAAAGCCACAGUGUCACUGUCUGAUGGAACGGAGCUUGACGCCGAUAUCUAUAUUCCGGCUGUGGGUAUGACGCCUAACACAUCAUUCUUGGAUAAAACGCUACUAAUGUCCGAUGGCCGGGUCGAAACCAAUCAUUCUACUCUUCGGGUGGAUAAAGCUGGGGAUCGGAUCUACGCUGUCGGGGAUGUGGGUUCUUAUGCACGACCGGCUGUUCAUUCGAUUCUGAAUGCUGUGCCGGUUGUGUGUGCGAAUAUCAAGCGGGAUUUGCUUCUUGCGUCUGGAGAGCGUGAAGCUUCUUUGGGAGCUGAGCGUUCAUUCAAGGAAGAUACGCGGGAGACGCAAAUGGUUCCUAUUGGGAGGAGUAAGGGUGUGGGUGCAGCGAUGGGGUAUCGGCUGCCUAGUUUCCUGGUUUGGUUGAUCAAGGGUCGGGAUUACUGGCUGUGGACGACAGGGGAUUUGUGGAGUGGGAAGCAGUGGGAGAAAGAGUCCUGA